AUGCAUAGUUCAUAUUACCGUCCUCCUGUUGGCCAUAACCGGAAUGGUGCCUCGUAUGACCUGCCACCCGUCCAGUCAGUCAUUCCUUUGUCGCAGGCACCUUUCCAACAGGCCCUGCUGACUACUACCUCGCACCUUGCCGCUCCGUCAAGCAGGCCAGGCAGCUCAAUGAAGAUGGCUCAUCUUCUACAGCCAUCAUCCCAUAUCCCCAACGCUGUCCCCACAACUUCUACUUCGCCAUAUACUCGCUCUUAUGAGUCCUCUUCAGUUUCACCCACGGACGGCAUGUCCAUUCUUCAUGAUGGCCCUCCAUCGAAUGGCUCCGUAGCGGGAAGUGCCAAUCUAUUAUACCAACCAGGAAACACUGGGCAGCAGCAGCAGCCACAGCCACAGUUAGCUCCUCAGAAAAGAGCUUACAGACAGAGGAGAAAAGAUCCAAGCUGCGAUGCCUGUCGCGAACGUAAGGUCAAGUGCGAUGCGUCUGAGUCGGCCAGCUGUACGGAAUGCAUCAACCGCAAAGUCAGGUGUCAAUUCACGAAAGAAACAAAUAGGCGAAUGUCUUCCAUCAAACAAGUCCAGGACCUCGAGAAACAGCUUCUGUCGACCAAACAACAGCUCCAGCAGCUCCGGUCAGGAGUUGCGAAGACGGAUGGAUUUAUGGAUUGGGACAUGGACUCUAAUGGCCAGACGGCUUUAAAGCUACCUGACAUCGGACAUCGGCCAGUCCGACGGAUACGAGCCGCUGUUGCGCAGGACUUCUCUGAUGUCCGGUCUAACAUGCGAAGUCAUGGCUGGGGAAUCAUGAAGAUGCCGGGUCCAUGCCGGAAACAGGAUUCGGCGUCUCGUUUGACAAGCGAUUCCCCAGCACUUCCUCCCAAAGGCGUGGCUGAUCGUCUACUCGCACAAUACUUCGCGUUUAUCCACUCAUAUCUACCUGUGAUCUAUUUGCAUAGCUUCAUCAUCGAGUACGAGAGAAUCUAUCAAUCUGGCUCGCUUGCGGGAGUCUCUCGGGAUUGGGCGGCCGUUUUGUUUACUGUGUUUGCAUGUGCUUCACUACACACGCAAGAGCCGAAUCGUAUUCAAGACGGCAAGGAAUACCUUAAAAUCAGCUACGGCCUUUUGGACAUGCUCAAGGAUGACAUCUCCAUAGAUCAGGUGCGCGCGUCUCUUCUUAUCAGCCUCUUCCUUCAUGAAGUCGGCUCAAAGUCUGCCAGUUGGAUGUGGUUGGGAUCCGCUGUGAGACUUGGGCAAGAUAUCGGCCUACAGAUUGAAUCUGGGCCCUGGCUGGCUACUGAGGUGGAAAUAAAGAGACGCAUAUGGUGGGGGCUUUACUGCUGGGACAGAAUUUUAUCCUUGGAAAUGGGGAGGCCUGUCAUGAUCUACGACCAGGAUUGCGACGUUGAUCUUCCAUGCCCGGUGGACGAGCAGUACAUUUCGGAGGGCGGCGUGCUCGAAGGACCACAGGCGUCUCCGUUCCUGGCUCUUGUGCACGUAGCUCGGUCCGUGGGUCAACUCACCAAGGCGCUGCGCUCCCCCGUCCUGAGUCCAGCAACGCUGGAGACCUUCGAGCGGCAUUUCACGGCAUGCUUGGCGACCCUUCCUCUGCAAUAUCAUCCAAAAUCCGAUCAGUAUCUAGAACCCCGUUCCCUUGUUCCGAUUAUUUUCCUUCAGAAUGCCCGGUUCAUUCUUCAUCGCCAUAACCUUUCUCCCGCAUGUUCUCACGAUGCCCGCCUAUCGGCAAUGGACUACUGUCUCUCUAUUGCCUUAGAUACGGCACGUCUCCUUUCGCGCUGCAUGCAGAACCCGCCAACCUCUUCAUCCGGGAACGCCUCCACGGAUGCCACUGAUUGGCGAGUCCUGCUCGCCUCGUCCGCCUCCACAAUGCUGUGCACGCAUAUUUGCCGUUGCUUGCUUCUACUUCUUUUCCGCCAGGAAUAUGCAUCCUCAUUGACAUGCAUUCAAGCAUGUGCAGCUAUUGGCGAUUCUCGGGCCGCGAAUGUGUCCAGCGGACGGUACAUUGCCUUUUUCCUGGGACGAAUCUUAGAUCGGUUAAGGCGCAACACUGGGAAUUGGGAGAGGGAUGAGGAGAUUGUCGCAUAUAUGUCUGGUGAUAUGCAGGGUACAGCAGACAGCAGCUGGAUUUGGCAAGGUAGUGACGAGGCCGGUCAACAGCCGGAGGAUUCGUCGAACGUCACAACAAGAUCAUCAUCGAGUUCACAGAAGGGUACAGAAAUUUUGUCACCGCCGGAGCAAGUGUCUGAGUGGCAAGGAUGGGACUGGGUCGAGAGGACGGUUCAGUAUCUCCUUGACGAGAAACGGCAGCAAGAGCCAAGAGACGAUAAGAUGGACGAUGUGCAACCGCAACAACCUCCCAGGCCAGAUCAGUCGUUGCUGAGUCCUGAAACUGCGGAGAGCUCCGAUAACUCAGCUGGACAGUCAAGCUCGGCGCAUUCGCGGAUGACAAUUGCGAGUAUCAUUUGA